UAAGGGACAGGAACGACUCCAGGAGUGCCUCAAAGUCCAGCCUGGUGGUGACCCACACUGGCAGAUGAGCGGGAGCUGGCAGCAAUGGAGCCUGGCACUUCGGAGGACGGAGUCAGGACUGAAACGGCUUGGCGCUCAGCACUGGGCUCUGGAGUCAGCUUACACGCCUAUGACAUUGGGGUGGUGGUCACCUACUUCGUCUUCGUUAUCGCUGUAGGGAUCUGGUCAUCCAUCCGUGCAAGCCGAGGGACCAUUGGUGGCUACUUCCUGGCGGGGAGGUCUAUGAGCUGGUGGCCAAUCGGAGCAUCUCUGAUGUCCAGCAAUGUGGGCAGUGGCUUGUUCAUCGGCUUGGCUGGGACAGGGGCAGCUGGAGGCCUCGCCGUGGGUGGCUUCGAGUGGAACGCCACCUGGCUGCUCCUGGCCCUUGGCUGGGUGUUCGUCCCUGUGUACAUUGCAGCUGGUGUGGUCACAAUGCCACAGUACCUGAAGAAGCGAUUUGGGGGCCAGAGGAUCCAGGUGUACCUGUCUGUGCUGUCGCUCAUCCUCUACAUCUUCACCAAGAUUUCGACUGACAUCUUCUCUGGAGCCCUCUUCAUCCAGAUGGCCUUGGGCUGGAACCUUUACGUCUCCACAGUGACCCUGCUGGUGGUGACAGCUGUCUACACCAUUGCAGGGGGCCUCACGGCCGUGAUCUACACAGAUGCUCUGCAGACGGUGAUCAUGGUGGGGGGAGCCCUGGUCCUCAUGUUUCUGGGCUUUCAGGAGGUGGGUUGGUACUCAGGCUUGGAGCAGCGGUACAGCCAGGCCAUCCCAAAUGUCACCGUCCCCAAUACCACCUGUCACCUUCCACGACCUGAUGCCUUCCACAUGCUUCGGGAUCCUGUGAGCGGGGACAUCCCUUGGCCAGGUCUCAUUUUCGGGCUCACAGUGCUGGCUACCUGGUGCUGGUGCACAGACCAGGUCAUUGUGCAGAGGUCACUGUCUGCCAAGAAUCUGUCCCAUGCCAAGGGAGGCUCAGUGCUGGGGGGCUACCUGAAGAUCCUCCCCAUGUUCUUCAUCGUCAUGCCUGGCAUGAUCAGCCGGGCCCUCUACCCAGAUGAGGUGGGCUGUGUGGACCCCGAUGUCUGCCAAAGCGUGUGCGGAGCCCGAGUCGGGUGUUCCAACAUCGCCUACCCCAAGCUGGUCAUGGCUCUCAUGCCUGUCGGUCUGCGGGGCCUGAUGAUCGCCGUGGUCAUGGCGGCUCUCAUGAGCUCGCUGACCUCCAUCUUCAACAGCAGCAGCACCCUGUUCACCAUCGAUGUGUGGCAGCGCUUCCGCAAGAACGCAACCGAGCAAGAGCUGAUGGUGGUGGGCAGAGUGUUCGUGGUGCUCCUGGUCGUCAUCAGCAUCCUCUGGAUCCCCAUCAUCCAAAGUGCCAACAGUGGGCAGCUCUUCGACUACAUCCAGUCUGUCACCAGCUACCUGGCGCCACCCAUCACCGCCCUCUUUCUGCUGGCCAUCUUCUGCAGGAGAGUCACAGAGCCUGGAGCCUUCUGGGGCCUCAUGUUUGGCCUGGUAGUGGGGCUUCUGCGCAUGAUCCUGGAGUUCUCGUACCCAGUCCCAGCCUGUGGAGAGGUGGACGGGAGGCCGGCUGUGCUGAGGGACUUCCACUACCUGUACUUUGCCCUCCUCCUCUGCGUGCUCACUGCCAUCGUCAUUGUCACUGUCAGCCUCUGUACAAGCCCCGUCCCGGAGGAGAAGCUCGCUCGCUUGACAUGGUGGACACGGAACUUCCCCCAUUCUGAGCUCGAGGCCCAUGGAAGCAUAGAGAAGCCAGCCAGGGAGUGCCCUGAAGGAGGUGGAGCAGCAGAAAGCUCCAGCCAGAGCCAGGAGCAGCCUGGAGCCCAGCGCAGGUCCUGGGGAAAGCUGCUCUGGGGCUGGUUCUGUGGGCUCUCUGGGGCCCCAGAGCAGGCCCUGAGCCCAGCAGAGAAGUCAGCGCUAGAGCAGAAGCUGACCAGCAUCGAGGAGGAACCGCUUUGGAGCAGUGUCUGCAACAUCAACGCCAUCAUCUUGCUGGCCAUCAACGUCUUCCUCUGGGGCUAUUUUGCGUGACUCUGCAGAUCUGGCUUCAGUCAACCAGCCACAGAGACAAGCUCUCCUCCCACCUGCUGUCCAAACUGGAGGCCACAGAGGCUGAGCCUGAAAGAGCUCCGGAAGCCCCUGCAGAGUAUCAAACCCAACCUGCACCAUGGACAAGUGGAUUACGGGAUCUCAGAGAGAGCAUUGGGCUUGCUCAAGGGCACACAGCAAGACACACUAGGUCUCUCAUUUCCACCUUUUUCUAGUACAUUGCCUUACACUCCUACCUCAAAAACACUGUCUCUACCCUCUUAUUGAGCCUAUUCAAGAACUUAAAAACAAACAAACAAAAACAAUAACAACAACUUUUGCUAGGAGGCACAGGAUCUCACCAGAGACAGACAGAGAGAGAGAGAGAGAGGAAAGUGAGGAAGCACCUGCCCAUUGGGGGAUGAUCACACUGCAAUCCCUUCUCCAUUUCUCCCUCCUAUUGAGGUUUCGGUCACACACUUGUGCCUGUUAUGUUUUUAAGUCACCUGCUCUAAGACUUGAAAACGUGCAGUCAGACAUGUAUGAUCCAGCUGCCCUAACUACCACACCACAGGCUGGCGCUAUUCAGGAACUUUACUGGAUGUAUACCUUGAGAUUAGAAAAGUGGAAGAGACAAGAAGAGGCAGAAUUCCAGUGUACCUUUGUUCCCCGUGUUUCCUUCCCCUCCCCCAGAGCCCCAUCCCUCUUUAUCCCACAAUGUCCCUAGUAAUCUAUUUGUAGUGUGAAGCUACUCAGGAGGACCUUAUGUUUCUACUGGUGACCCCACAGUGGGGACUACCAGACCCAAGGAACGAGAAGCCCAGGGCAGAAUUUAAGCAUGAUGUCAGAUAGUAUUUGAAUAGAGAGUUCUUGGACAAGGACAAGGGACUCUCCUACACAUGCUGCCUCUUCCUGCUCUCAAACCCAAGUGUGAGCAAGGUCUCCAUGGCCUUGAGGAACUGAAGACUCUGGCUGAGGAGGAGACACGAUGUCAAAAACAAGAGAGACAUGCUGCUCUGUACUUAAGGGUAAGCCCUGCAGGGGGCAGCAUGGAUAAUCUUGGAGCCACUGCACCUGGCCUUUGCCCCUCCCCUGUGGCUACCAAACCUGGGCCUACGCUGGAAUACACCAUGACCCCGUCUAAGUGUCUCUAUCUCAGGAAGCUGCCCUAAUGCCGCAGACUGGAUCAAGGUCCCACUCCUGCUCCCCUAACCCCUGGACCCAAUUGUGUCAGCACUAAUCACAGCUUACUGUAAUGUCCUCCGCCCAAGUGGAAUACUCCAAGGGACAGGGUCAAAGGCCAUGUCUCAGGUGACUUUGUACUCAGAAAAUUACAGGUGUGCAUAAAUGUUUAUUGAAUUAAUAAAUUCUCCAAUGUCU